UCCAUUUCCCAUUGCAGGCAUCGACGCCCUAGCGUUGCUCCAGCAUGUCACUGACCCCAAAUUCAUCCCCGUGCGUUUUGUUAGGGUCACACAAGAGACGGAUUUGGAUUUGGCUCCAUGUGUCUAGUCAGCCGCUCACACUCACACAGUUUGCACACUUUUGCCCACACUUAUCUAGCGUAUCUGUAUGGGGGGGGCGGGCAGACAGGCAAGCAGGCUCCCUGCAGCCAAAGGGCAUCCUGAGCUGGAACAACCCCAGGUGCCCAGGCCAAGGGAGACCACCAAGCCGCCUAUCUGCCAAGCGAGGAGGCCUUCGAUGCCUGCCCUCGCGGCUCCUUUCCUCACCACCUCUCUAGGGCGAGGGAGAUCUGCUACUGCGCAUGCGCUACGAAGAGCGGCCGCCCCCUCACACUGCACAAAAAGGGAGGGGGGUGAAAAGCGGUUCAAGCGCAUGCGCUCCAGCCGCCGGCGAAAGAAGGCAAGGAGCGCGCUCGCAGUAAGGGGAGGUCAAAGCGCAUGCGCUUACGCCUUCCCAAGUCAGGGGAGAGGGAACAUAGUGCGCCUGCGCUCAGGACGAGUAGGCGGCCUAGAUGCUAGGAGUUUGCCUGCCCUUUCCUCUGACUCCCAAGAAUCUUGUUUAAGGUCGCCUGCCCUUUCAGGGCAGAAAAUGGACAGUGCUCAUUUAAUGACCAGCUUUCAAUAUUUUGUUUUCUCAUUCGUAUCUAGCGCAGAUCCUUCUCUGAAUGCAGAAUUAUUAAUUUCUUCAUGGCUUUUCUCUAGCACUCAUCAAUAUGGCGCAUAGACAUAAACCUGAUAAAGCAGCAUGGAAUUCUUUGAGAUGCGGUUCUCAUUUAGAAGCAAAAGCCACAAAAUAAAAAGAAGCUGGUGGAAUCAUUAAGAAAUUCUUAUGGGAAAUUCUGUCAGUGGAAGAUUGCAACUGCUGCAUUGAUCACAUCCAUGAGAUACUCCCAGUGGUUAUUCAGGACAAAACGGAGGCCUUUGGAAUAUGGAUGUGGGCUGCCAGUAUUU